GGAGGGUGGCUGAAUUCACUCACACACCACCAAGCGGAGAGCAGGAGACCAGUCGAACGCACAUUCACAAGGUUUAUAUACAAUGGCUGGGGUGGAGAAAAGACUUGCUUGGGGCUUAUGCAAUUUUAGUGACUCCAAUUUGACUGGAACAAGUUCGCCGGCUGCAGUUUUCGGUGGCAGACAAGACAACAGCAGCAUUGUCCUUCCUGUUAUCUUCGGCAUCAUAUGCUUGGUGGGAACUAUUGGGAAUUGUAUUGUCAUCUACACCAUUAACAAAAAGCAGAAGGGCAACCACAACAUUGCGGACAUUUUCAUUGUGAGCCUGUCCGUGACCGACCUUCUCUUCUUAAUCGGAAUGCCUUUCCUCAUUCACCAGUUGUUGGGCAAUGGUGUGUGGCACUUUGGUGCCACUAUGUGCACUAUAAUCACUGCCCUGGAUGCCAACAGUCAAUUUGCAAGCACCUACAUUCUCACCGCAAUGUCUGUAGACAGAUACCUUGCCACUGUCCAUCCCAUUCGCUCUUCAUAUGUAAGGACAACCUGUGCGGCAAGUAUGGUAAUCUUGAUGUUGUGCCUUUGUUCCCUUAUUACCAUCAUACCAGUAUUCAUGUACACCCAGCUGAUUGAGCUUCCGGAUGGCAAAGCUGGUUGCGGAAUUAUCCUGCCCAAUCUCUCCAUUGACAUCUACUGGUAUACACUCUACCAGUUCUUCUUGGCAUUUGUCAUACCACUUCUUAUCAUAUGCAUUGUUUACAUCAAAAUACAGAAACAUAUCUCCUGCGUGGUUGUCCCAUUGCCACAAAGGAAUUUCCGGGCUCGAUCCAAGAAAAUCACUAGAACCUCUGUAACGAUUUGCUCUGCGUUCUUCAUUUGUUGGGCACCAUAUUACAUCUUACAAUUGGUCCACCUAAAAGUAGCACAUCCCACAGUCAUGUUUCUUUAUGCCUACAAUGUAGCAAUCAGCCUUGGCUACGCAAAUAGCUGCAUCAACCCCUUUAUCUAUAUUGUGUUAAGCGAUACCUUUAAAAGACACCUGAUUAAGGCUGUUUGCCCAGGGCACCUGGCACGUAGAAAUGCUAGACUAGCAGCCAGUGAUGUUAGCCCUUCUGUGAGGAUCUGUUCUGUGCCAACGCAAGAGACGUCCCUGAGUAUGAUGUACUCUCAUAACAUAGACAAUUACAUUUCUUUGUCUGUGUCAGUCCCUUGAACAAGACUAUUUAAGAAAGUCAAAAGACAAUGCAAAAUUGGAAAGCUUUGAUUAUAAAAGGUGUCAAACAAACCAAGGCACAGAAUUCUCUUUUUCUAAACCUAGUGCCACAAGGAAUGAAGAUAUAACUCCGAAGUAGCACUUAGGAAGGAGAGAAACUAAGUUGACUUGCUUAGUGACAAUGGAUGUUAAAGUCUUAUAGAAGGCGUGAACAUGACGUCGCUUUCUUUGGCCUUCACUACUGAAAAAUCAUUGGGUAACUAAUAAGAAAUAACAUUAGGUCAAUGUGUCAGCCAUUACAAAUUUUGUAAUGAAUGUGCAAUUAACACUUCUGAUUAAUUGGUUAUAUAUUGUGUCAAUAUGUUGUACUCUUUUAUUUGCAGUUAUAUUGCAAUGUAUAAAGAUGAACAUUUUAAUGUUCAUUGUGAGGUUAAUUACUACAUAAUCAGGUCUGGAUUUAUCUCCGUGGUAAUCCGGUAUCAAGUUAAAAAAAAAUAGUUAAUUUUAAAAUUGGGAGUAUUAGGUAAUUUCUUUCUUGUUGAAUGAAGGGCAAUGGUAUUUUAUUUGGAUUUACUGUUGGGAGCAGAGAUUAUACCCAGUAGAAAUUUAAAAAACACACAAAGAAACCACAGAGACAUGAAAGAGAUGGAUUGUCGGCUUCAGGUAGAUAUAACACAUUUCUAUGGUUUCCCUCUAUGAUAUUUUCUAUAGAACAAGCUCUGCACACGGGGAAAAAGACCUAUUGGUCUCCAGGAUACCGGAAUCUCAAUAAAUGGUGUAAUCAUACAGUAAAGAUGUUUGGGCAAAUACAUCUCCCAACCCGAAAAUACAUCUUGUGAAGUGAACAGAAAUGACCAGGAACACAGUCCAUAGUUUCUAAUGCAACAUAGGUGUCUUUAUCUUGCUUCUUGUUUUGACUGGGCUCUGGUAAAAGUAAUCAAAUCAGGUUCCUCAGUGUCUGUCGGAGAUUGAUAGAGAAGGACUAGGGCAGUGGAGAUGUUGUGGACUACCCUCUCCCAU